AUGCCACUUCUCGGGAACCGUCUUCAUGUCCUAAACACUCUUUUCAAAAAGCCUAAAAAGAACAGUGAAGUUACACCUAUUUUUGAAUUUGUCGUUCCCGAAACCAAAGAAAUAUGCUUAUCGGAAGAUGAACUUAAGAGAAAAAAAACGAUUUAUGAGUCAAAAAUUUGGACUUGUCGUGUGACAGGUCGUGCGAAUUUGACUUAUAAAGAAGCGAUCAAGUCAGAGCACACGACAAUCAAUAUCUUAAAGAAAGCCAUCGCUGAUCACUAUCGCACGGAAAUUUUGCAAAUUGUUCACAAAAAUACGCUACCCUUGGAGCCGUUGACGCAAGCUUGUUGGAUUAAAGCCCACGAACAAUUCGUUGUUGGAGAACCUGUAUUACUCAAGGUCGACUCCAAUAAACCUAUUCACGCGACCGUGUUAAGCGUUGAUACGUCUGCUAACGAGCCAGUGGUUAUUGAUUUAUCGAAAGAAGAAUCGAGCUCUCCAAAUAACAGUGAUAAGGAAAAUAACAUCAAUGCAAAGCGGCCUCCUGUUUUCAAGAAAGAUUUCUCCUACAAUGUGAAACUGGUGUCUGAUGAUCCAGUUGUUGUCAAUCAUGUACCCUCUAGUUGUAUACAGCGUAUCCAUCGAGCCCCGUCGAAGGACCACAUUAGGAUGUUUAUUCGCGCCUACGCCAUGCGUUAUGGGCCUUGUUCAAGUGGUCCCUGGAUUGUCGGUCCGUCUGCCCUUCGGAAGUAUUGUCCGACUUUAAAGAUUGCCAAUAACCUUAUUGACAAGGGCAAGCUUCGACAAGUAUCGGAAAGUUAUGAAUUAAAAUUUUACGAGAAAAUAAUAGCUGAACGAAAUAAAGGGAAUGCUCUCGACGGUAAAAGUGGCGUGAAACUUUCACCCAAAAGUCUAAAAGAAUUCAAAAACUUCUCCGCCCUUCGCUGCGAGAGUCCCAAAAAGUCCUCAUCUGAUGGAAUCUCUCAGAAAGUCAAAGAGACUCCAGAGGGGAAACCUAGCAAAAAAAUGAAACAGGCAACUCUUCAUUUUACCAAAUCUAAUUCACCGAGUUCUGGGAAAAAAGGAAAGCCAGGGACUUUGGUUAAAUCUGAGGUGCCCUUGCCUUCAAUCGCCAAACGUCUUAUUCGCUGUCUCAAAGCCAACUCUGAGGGCAACAAAGUUAAACUUCUUGUGACACGUUGCGUAUCGAUCCUUACAGACGCUCAGGUCAUGGCUCUGCCUGUGGACGCUCAGAAACUUGUAAUGGAGAAGAGAAUUGAUAUUGAGAACCGCAAGAAGUUACAAACUAUGACUCCUGAAGAGCAAAAGGCUUACUUGCGUGACCUGCGCAUGCAGCGUCGCGCCUUGGUUGACGAAAACGCGUCCUUCCUUGAAACUGGUGUUCAAGUCGUGGCGCUUCCCGAGCCUCGUGCCUUUCCCCUGCCUCCAGGAAUAUCCCCGCUUCAAUUCAGUCGUGUUCUCUGCCUCACUGAAUUUCUCGCCUGCUACCAACCUCUCCUAACCGAAUACGCUCUCUCACCCGGGGAGCUCCUUUAUCCUAGUCGAGUGAAGCAACUUGCUAGUGAUCUGUGUCGGUCGACGGAGACAGAUGACGAGGAAUUUAAUACUGACGAUGAAGAGGAGUCGGCUUUGACGUCUACCGAUGCUGUCCUGCCUAAAGCGUCAAUCCGAGGACUUAGGCGUCUCAGUUUAGAUCGAGUGCUUCGAGCUGUGGCAGAAAAACACAUGUCUGCAUCAGCAUAUCAGUGUUUGGCUCGGCCAAUGAGUGCUCUUUUGCGCCAAGUGUUUUUAAGUGACCAAUUUUCCAAACAGAAGGAGUUGGGUAUCCAACUAUCGAAGAUCCCAGUUACACCCUACACAGCUCCGGAACUCCUGCGUCUGCUAUUGGAGCGUGAGGUUGCCAACAAUAUCGGUUCAACAAAUGACCGGGCUCUUGCUCGGAUCCGCCAGCUCAUCACCUCUAACGGGGGUGAUGUGGGGAGUUUCGUGCCGCCUCGUGACGUUGUCGGUGCCGCGAGUCUCCUCAAGUGCCUCACCUCGUCCGAUUUAUUCGCACUCGACCCGGAGUACCGAAUUCUGGCCAUCGAAAUUCUCGUCGAGUGGAUGCUUGACUUAGACACGAUGGACGAGUACAUGCACACCAGCAGUAAAAAGGCCAGCGACACUUGGCAGGCUCGUCUGACAUUGACCAGGCAGAAAAAAACUGUUUUGCCUGCUGGUUAUGAUGACGAUGAUGACAAAUUAAGCGCCGAAAAGGGUAAGCAUAGCGGCAAUAUUCCUUUUAUCACAAGAACUCAUCACUCACCCACAAGCCAAAUAUCUCGACUCAUGAUUCUUCGACUUUGGCCACUUCGUGUUUUUUUUGUUGUCACUUUAACGGAAUUGUCAAUCCCCAUUCUAGAGCCUAAUUCUGAUGACCUGGCGUCUAUUGUCAAAAAUCGACGAGUUCUUGCUGCCAAAGCUGCCGAAGAACGGGAGAUUCGUGAGGCGAAGGUGCGAGAACGACGCGAACUUGAGGCUAAGAUUGAUGCUGAGGAGAGAGCCCUUGCAAAAGCCGAGCAUGAACACACGAUAGCCUCGACCGAAGCUAAAUUCUCCUUCCGGGUGAGUGCUCUUGGCACCGACCGGUUCGACCGUCGCUACUGGCGUUUCUUCAGUUCUCCUAAUCGCCUCUUUGUCGAGGCCAACUGGGCUCCUGAUGAGUACCACGUGGGCGAUGCGUCGACGAAGGAAAAGUCCGCCGUGGCAACCUUUCCCCCACCCCACUUGUUCCCCGACAACCUCGCCAAUUGUCAGGCAGUUCGUCAAUUCGGCUAUGCGGCGCGAUCGCGGUGGUUCGUGUUUGAUCGGCCUGAUCAACUAGACGCCUUAGCUAAUGCCUUAGUUGAAAGAGGUGUGCGGGAAAGCCACUUGAAGAAGAAUCUUGUUCAGGUCGGCCUGCUGGAUAACAUGAAGGAACUAAUCAUGCUAACCGAGGCGGCAGAAAAUCACCCAGAGUUCAAGUCUGUGAAUUCGGAGGAUAUUCAACCCAAAUCAGCCAAUGAAACUGCCAUUGAUAAGAUAACUGCCAAGGUUCGCGGUGACGCUGAGGCCAUCCUAGCGAACGUUCUUCUCAAGAAUCUGUACGAGACGGAAAUCCAUCUUCGCGACGGUGGACUGGGUGGUGUUCCUGACUUUGCGACAUGGCAGUCUACCAUCCUUUCGAUCCAGGCAAAGUACGGUCUCUGUUUUUCCCUCACCGGAAGUACCCCACCCACGCCCGUCGUGUCUCCUGUACUAUCCAAGUCUGCGUUCCAGUCCCUUGCCGCGGCCCUCGUUGCUGUUGGUCGGAAUGUCCACCGUCGUUUCCUUAAUGUACCCAAGCUAAAGUCCCGCCAAUCUUUCAGGCAUUCUGACCAAGAUAACGGCGAUGCGAGCAGUCAUGAAGAGAAUGAUUGCGACAGUAUUAAGGGAGGAUGUGAUGUAGACGAAGAGGAGAGAAGGCCCCACGAGACGACCGAAGUAGACAAACUCCGUGUUCAUGAUGUCGACGUGGAGCUUUGGAUUGACACAUGGGUUAGAGCCGUCAACUCCGCUGCUACCCUCACCAGGCUGAAUGUUCUCCAUGCGUGUUUGGACGCCUGCAUCCUCUGGGAAAAAUCCGUCGCCAACGUUCGCUGCCGCAUUUGUCGACGCAACAAAGACGAUGAAAGCCUCUUGCUGUGUGACGGUUGCAAUUCUGGCUUUCACCUCUACUGCCUACGUCCUCCCCUCCACUCCAUACCUCGCGGUGACUGGUUUUGUCUCUCCUGCAAGCCGCCCACAGCGCCGUCGCGGUCUGCAACAACCAACCGGCAGCGCCGCAAUCGCCAACAGGCCUCAGAAGAGUCGGACAGUGAUGAUAGUGAAGCUAGCUCACUGGAAUUGAGCUCCCAAAGCACAACCAGCGAGGACGUGGUGGAGGAACAGCGUCUCUUGAGAGGCCGGUUGAGGCAGCGCCCGUCUGCGAGGCAGCUUCCCUCAAGGUCCUCUUCCCGGUCGUCGCAAUCGUCCAAGCCUCUUCCCAAAUCCGUGAACAGUCUCUACCUUCUCUUUUACCUAGCCUCAUCUUCAAACCUCUUGUCAAACGACAGCGUUUGCUUGGUGUGCGACGAGGAGGGCACUGAGGUCGACGAGCUAAUCGCCUGUUCCACGUGCUCUAACGCGUUUCACCCGAACUGUCACAAUCCGCCUCUGCGUUCCGCCCACAGACGCGCCCCUUGGGUGUGCUCCGUGUGCCGUGUCGGUCGCGCCUCCUCUGGUAGUCUUUCCGCCAUGGGCCAGUCCCUAAGACUCCGGGCGUCCAGUCGAAUCAAUCGGAAAAACAGCUACCUUCGACUUCAUCGAAUCUCGACAGCUCCAAGGAAGCGGCCGCGUCCCAUCUCCGACAGCGAGAGUUCCGUUGAUGAGUCCGAUGGCGGUGUGGAGGACGACGACGAGACAAACGAUACCGAAGCAACCGAAGAACAAGCCGAUGAAGGAGGCUCAUUCAUUGUGCCUGAGCAGUCGUCUACUCCACCGGCCAAACGGCCCAAAACGGCGUUUCACUUCACCUGUGCCGAUUUAAUCGCUGCCGUGCGACGCCAUCGCAGUUCUUGGCCCUUCCAGGAUCCUGUCAAUGCAAAUGAGGUUCCUGAUUACUACGAGAUCGUGGUGGACCCCAUAGAUCUCUCACAGAUAACCCGUUUUCUGCAAGACGGUCGCUACGACGGCGACGAUGGUCCACAGCUUCUGUCCCAGGACUUGGCAAAGAUGUUCUAUAACGCCGAGCUCUAUAACAGCUCCGACUCUAGCAUUUGGAAAGCAGGCGCUCAGUUGGAAAGCUACGUGCAGUCGCUCUUUAGAAAGUUUCCAAAUCCCAAUCCCUUUGCAUCUGACGUCCUGCCUGUCAACUGA